AUGAGAAAGCGAAAUUAUACUUUGGCGUCACAUGUUGCUGAAGGAUAUUUCUUUUUUACUCUGAUCACCGCGAAUUUGAAACUCAAUCACAAACUCAGUGAGUUGUUCCACGAACUUGUUUUUGGUUUUAUCAAACGAGACAAAAAGAAUAUUUUAGUAUGGAUCAACCUUUUCAUAGCUAAACGUGCGGGUCUACCCAUUGAUCAAUUCAAUUUUCUUCUCGCAGAAUUACUGGCAUUGAUAUUUGCCAUAUGCUUUCGACGAUAUCUACCACCCAAGCCAAGCAAUCUAAUCAAAAGACAUCUUGCCGCGAGUCUUCUUGGCAUUGCUCUCGGACAAUUCUGUUUCGGCUCACAAAUUUGGCAUUUGAUCCUACAAUCAUGUAUUUCGUAUCUAAUGCUUUGCACUAUACCUCCGAAACACUCUUACAAAGUUGUUUUCAUCUUCUGUAUGACAUACAUGAGCGCGAUUCAUAUACAUCGAUUGAUUUACGAUUAUGGAAACUAUACACUCGAUAUAAGUGGACCAUUGAUGAUCAACACUCAGAAAUUAACAGCAUUGGCGUUUUCAUUCUUCGAUGGUUAUCGUUCUAAACAACGUGCUAAACGUCGCCGACCUGACGAGGAUAAAGACUGCGCAGCACUGAGCGAAGAUCAAGACAAACAAAAGAUCCUUGACAUCCCACAUCCAAUUGAAUUUUUAAGUUACAUCUUUUAUUUUCAUGGCAUUUGUGUUGGCCCAUUAUGCUUCUAUAAAGACUAUCUUGAUUACAUCGAAGGACGAAAUUUGCUUGUUAUUCCGACCAGUGGUAGACAACAAACGGAAACAUCUGAUCAAACUGAAGAAUAUCAUCCUGAAACAAUUCAACCAUCAACAUUUUGGCCAGUUUUUACUAAACUUGCUCAAUGUGGUCUUUGGGGCUAUAUACUCUUGAAUUUCACACCCGUUUAUACUAUUGAGUAUAAUAUAAGUCAAGAAAUGGUCAAUUCACCGAUGUAUAAACGAAUCCAAUAUCUUCUAUUCUCAACAUUCUGUAAUCGAGCGAAAUACUACUUCGCAUUUAUUCUCUCAGAGGCAAUUAAUAAUGCUGCUGGCCUUGGCUUGAAUGGUGUAGGUGAAAACGGGCAACCUAAAUGGAAUCUUUUAACAAAUAUCAAGCCACUACAAUUAGAAACAGCGACAAGCUUAAAAGUCGUUCUCGACGUUUGGAAUAUGCAAACGGCUCUAUGGCUUCGUCGUAUUUGCUACGAUCGAAUCUCGAAAGGUCGAACAUUAGGUGUCUUCGUUCUUUCUGCGCUUUGGCAUGGAUUCUAUCCGGGCUAUUAUGUGUGCUUCAUCUUGGCUGCGUUUGAAACAUAUGCUGGCCGUGGUAUUCGUCGUCAAAUCCGUCCAUAUUUUCAAGUGAAUGCCAUCACCAAAGCGAUCUAUGCAUGUAUUACGUGGUUCGGCACUCAAGUUGGCUUAAAUUUUGCUGUGACACCAUUUGUUUUAAUGGAAGUUCAAAAAGUUUGGUACUUCUACAAGACGUGGUAUUUCAUCGUACCAAUUGCCUCCGUUGUACUUGCAUUAACAUUGAAUGGUGCAAGCACGAAAAAGAGUUCAAAGAAGCCAGAAGUACCACCACAAGAAAAAGAUGAGAAAAAGUCAAAUUAG